AACACAAAGAGCUCAAUGAAUCCACGAGCCCCCGCUGCAGCCGAGCAGCUAUUUCCUGUCCCACCCCACUGUGGCGAUGGUGAACAGACCUCAGUGUAGCCGGCGGGGGGACACCUCACCUCCUCACGGCUCACUGUAAAGCAGCGGUUUUAUUCGGAAGAUUCCAUGUGGUGGAUGACUGGGCUACACCUCAGGACGGAGGAAGCACCUCCUUCUGGUCACUGCUGGUCGUCCUUCCUCCAGGGCUGAGAGGGAGUGGACACUUCAGAAUCACCAGCUCCUCAGCCUGACAACAUCUCACUGAGAGAGAAGGAGCCAUGGCAUCUUACCGCUGGAGAACUUCACUUUGGAGGAGCUGAACUUUUCCCUCAGCACAAGUUUGUUCCAUAAGAAAGUUCCGGUGGAAGCAGUGGUGAGUCAGGAUGGAGCCAGUGAGGAGAGACAUGGAGCUGCUCAGUAACAGCAUGGCCACCUACGCCCACAUCACAGCCAACCCGGAGAGCUUCGCCCUCUACUUCAUGAUGGGCGUCUGUUUGGGCCUGCUGAUGGCGCUCUGCCUCUUGGUGACGGGCAUCGCGUGCAGAACUCGCCGGCAGGUCAAGCCCCCGCCGUCCCCAGAGAGGAGGCAGCUGAAGGAGUCCAGCGAGGAAGAGGAGGAAGAGAGCACAGAGGAACCGGAGGACGCAGAGAACCCCAAGACCGCAAUGGAGCCCAUAAGCGAGCGGAGCAGUCAGUCCAACGGAACUCUGCGGAGCGUCAACGUGUUCGCGUCAGCUGAGGAGCUGGAGAAGGCCCGGCGCCUGGAGGAGAGGGAGCGGAUCGUCCGGGAGAUCUGGAGGAACGGGCAGCCGGACAUCCUCGUGACCGGAACCGGAACUAUUGGGCGGGUGCAUUACCACUGACGGAAAAGGUUUUUUUUUAAUGAUGACGUCGUACGGAGCAGCUUCAUCUUAACGUCAGCGUCAAUCAAGUGGGUCAAGCGUCUCCAACAGUAUUUGGACAAGGUGACCAGAGGGGGGCAGCAGAAACAAGGUUCUGAAGAAAAACCGUUAGAGCCUACAGGCCUCUACUUUUCCAUCCCGUUUCCUUUUCACAAUCCCAACCCCCUAUUAAAGACUGGUCUGUGCGUGGGAAUGAAAGAGACCUUUACCUCCGUCCUACUGUAGAUGCUCCGCAGCUCUUCUCCCGGUGGAUCCCGAGAGCUCCCAGGAGGCCACGCUUUCCACUCGUCCCCAUGAAAAGGUUCUUUAUGUCCGUGCUGCAGCACCGCGCCACUCAUUGAGAAAUGAAUGUUGAGGGAAAAUGAGACGCUUGUGACCCGAUGCUGCCUCCGACUCCGUGACAAGUGUUUUCAAUUCGGGACAAUAGCACCGUUAUGACCCUCAGCCAGCGUCCACAUACUACCAUAGUUGGGUUAUGGACGUAUUUGGUGAGAUACUGACUCUUCAUUGUGGGGGUUGAAGUAUGAGCCACGUAUGAAGGUGUAUUAAUUCAAGUCAGGUGAGACAAGUUCAAGUCCAGUUGCAGACUCGAUUACAUGACAGCUUCGUCAUUGAUAGUCUUUGACAAGACCGCCCCCUACUGUUCCUACUUGACUAAGCUAAAAAAAAUUUUUUUAAAAAUGCAGCACAUAGAAACUGGAAUCACAAAAAGGUCACAAUAGAAAGUGAAUGAAUUCAAGUCAGAUAAGAGCAUGUCACGAAAUAAAACAAGCCAAGAUUCUGCUGUUAUUUGAGGACGUUUAGGAUUCUAGAUUUGGUGCAAUGGAAAGCACAGUAUUCAACUCUGCCAUGACCCGAUCUCAAUAGUUCUGGUUUUUGUGCACAAAGUGUCCUUUUAUUCACGGAAACAAGGCACAGGCUGCUCGUUUGCUACAACCCAGGCCAAGGACAACAAUAAAUGAAUAAUCCACCGGUCGCCUCUGCCCUUGUUUCGCAGCCUCCUGAACACACCACCAUUUGAGUCUGACUUGGUCCCACUGUGAAACCUUAACACUGACAAACAGCUGCUGUGACAAGACAAAAACACGGAGGUGAAUGACUCCACAGCUCUAGAGAGUAAAAAGUUUUCAUCGUCAGUUUAAUCAAAACAGGUUGCUCUCUUCAUGCAGUUUGUACAGUCGAGUGUGAGGUGAAGCGACACGAGAGGACUCGUCUACACCAAGAUGUUACAGAAACUGUCACAUUCCUUUACAACCGUUGAUGCUCUUCACAACAUGUUUGAUAAAAUCUUUUUGACACUACACAGUCAGAUUUUUUUUUCUUUUAAGAGUCCAGUAGGUAAAACAAAAAGAAAAGACGUCACUACUUGAACGUUCCAGAAGAACCGGUUUUGUCGGACUCCGUCAGAGUGAAAGUGAAGACUAAAAAAUAACUCCCGUCUGACGACAAAUAAAAACGGAAACGAGGCCGGCGCCAACCACUGAUUGGUCCCAUGAAGACGAGUCAGAAUCGGGUCAUGCAGAAUCUUCACAUUAAUUGAAAGAAGAAGAAAAGAGUGAGAAGACAAAACUAAAUCAUUCUUCACUAAGGCACAAUGUCAUUUUUCUCUAUAUCAAAUUUGCCUCAGCAGCUGACAACAAUGCUAGAAGACAACCAUAACAAGGACUGGACAGCUACCACAUCUCUACACCACACGUCUACUUGCCGACGUCGCCGCCGCCCUUAGUGUCCUUGAGCUCACCGUCCAUGCCGGCGUCCUUCAGACUGUCGUCUCCACGCUGGAACAUGUCGUGGGUCCACUUUGGGCUGGCACCGCCACCUCUACGGUAGACUCCCAUCCCGCGGCGAGCCGGGAACGACCCUCUGGGCGGCCGGUCCACCCAGAACUUCUUACCCUCGCGGUCGUCAUGCUGAAAAUGCACUUGGUUAAGGUGCUGCCAUUUCAGGACCUUGAAAUUCCCACUCACCAAGUAGUACUUCCUGCUCUUGGGAGUGUACUCAGGAUCCCACUCCUCCUCCGGGGGGCGCACCGCUGGGUUCAUAUUGGCAGGGUUUCCGUUGCUGUUGUUAUUCCCGGGGUAGUUGCCCCUGUUCCACCCGCGCCCCCUCACUCUGGGGAACUGCAAGCACAAGAACAGAGAUGAAAUGUGUCUUCUGCCUCUCAGUUUGGUGUCAAUGGAACUCGCCGCAUUUGAACUUACAAAUCCACGUCCUCGUCCUCGUUCCAUGUGCUGGCCCUCGUGGUCCCGGGGCCCUUGGUAGUCACGAGGGGGGUGGCGGGCCUGAAAGUAUCCUUCAUCCGGGCGUCCAGGACCUUCGCCCAUGAACUCUUUACCUUUGAAGGGCUGGGGGGAGGGGGAGGGAGAGGAUGAGGAGGAAGAGGAGGACGGGGAGCGAUCACGCUUCUUCUUAUUCUUCCUGUGUGUGAGAAAACAGAAAAACUUCAGUCAUUUAUUUUAAAAAAAAUAUAUGUUGACCAUGUGACUUUAGCUUCCACAGAGUGGGGGAAAAAACAGCAGCUUACUUGGACUUUUUGUGGUGUUUUCCACUUUUCUCAGAGGACUUCUCUCUGCUGGCUCCGCGGGAGCCUUCAGGACUGGCCGCACCUUCUCGCCUGUACUCGCUUUCCUUCGCUCCAAACCUUUUGCGUCUCUCAAUAUCCAGACGGAGGUCCAUCACAUCUCCUUUAAACUUUCGACUCGAGUCCUACAGCGAACAGUGUUUCAAGAUUAAAAACAAGGACGACUCGUGGCGUCGAGGUAAAGUGCAGCUCAACUUCGCGGCAGCGGGAGCGUGAUGGGGCCACAUUUGGUAAACAGCGGCACAUGACUUCAUGUUUGUGUGAGGCAAAAAAUAAAGCGAUAAAUAUGUGUGCCUGUACUUUGGUAUCCAGAAAGAACUCAGUGAUAGAACUGAUAUUUUGUAGAUAUAAACUAAUGAAUCGCCUCUAAACCUACAACAAACCAACAGCAUUGCACUGUAACUCUACCACACAAUAGUUCAUACACGGAACACAACAAAUCAUACAUCAAGCUGUUAUUUCAGCCACGCUAAAAAACCCUCACUGAAACAUGAUCCUCUCACUCUCAACAACUGUUCGGCGGUAAUCUCAGGAAGGGUCUUCCAAAAAUGAAUUUCUUCUCUUUCACUCUGGUCAUCAGAACCGCACAGGAUUUCUUCGGAUAAAAGACCAAAGACCUGUUUUCAUCAGUGGGCCGUUCAUUUACCACCUCCUCAGCUAGCUUCCAGCAAAAUAACGCUUAAGACAACUUAGUCGCACUCAAGCGUUGACUAAGCUGCAGCGCUGAUCUGCUCCAAAUGCUAAAAUAGGCAAUGAGAUGUUAGCCUCAAACGCUAAUGUAGCUGAAGUGCUGAAGUAGCGGAAACAACUUGUUUGUGCAUAUGAAGAGAGAGGCCCUCAAGUCUUAAUGUCCAGUCCCUUCCACUCUCUGGGAGAUUAACCGGCACCAUUCUCACAGAGGCUCAAGUGAGACAGAGACCAACUCUGAAAAUAAGUAAAUCUCCUACAAUCAAAGUCACUUGGAAAUAAUGCUAGUUUGUGGCCGACUGUCUGAGCAUAUGAUGAAACCAGCAGCAUGCAUGUGUGUGAGUGUCAGCAAUAAUCAUCUGUAAGUCAAGUUGUUUUGCAGCAUCGCUUUGUUUUGGGUUUCUUUAUGGAAAAAAUACUUACUAGGUAAAGUGACAGAAAAGCGUCCCAUGGCUCUUAAUUCACUUCCUUUUAGCCUUUUGCUUGGGUUGGUACAUGCCCAAUAAAUAACCAUAUCUCAUUCGGGGUUUGCUUGCCACUUACAAAACACAACGGGGCUCUUUUGACUUAGAAAUAUUGCAUCCUUUGAAAGAAAAGCACACAGCUGAAAUCUGGUUCUUUGCUUCAGCUGACAUUUCCUUGCUUCCGAACAGGUCAAAUUGCUAAAGUCACCUUGUAGCCAGCCUCCUCCAAAUCAUCAAAGAGGUGCGAGUGCCUCUUAAAGGCACUGGGGGAAACAUCGAUUCUCCUGCGGGAAACCAAGCAGAAACACACAUUAAGUGAAGUCACAGCAGACAUUUACAGCAACCCCCUUGAAGUAUGUAGAUAGAAGAGAGCAGGUUUGAGCUCAUACAACUGUCAUUACGGUAACACCCAGUACUUGAGCAGUAGGACUUCACAAACAGUCAUCUGCACGACUGACCAGUCCAACAAUCCCAGAACAAAUCAGUCAAAAUUACAAAAAUGGUUUCCGAGACAGAAGAGAAAGAUGAUGUAGGGCAUGUGCAGGCAUGCCGGAGGCCAACGCCGCUGCCGUUAUGAGUUUAAUAAGAGGGAGGAGAUGAAGAGAGUGUGGAUGGAAAACAAGUUUGGUUAGGAAGCGUAACACUAAUUGAGUGAGAAAAUACUCUUUUUUUUCCAGUUCUUCGGGCAGCAUUGUACAUUUUGGACACAGAAAAAGGGGUAAGACCACCCGGCUGCACAGGCCAGACCACAACACACGAGCAAACCUCAAGCAGAUUGUGCUCAAAUGUAUUGCUUUAUCACUAUCAGUAGACCUGGCUAAAAGCAUGACUCAGCUUCUUAGCAACAGUAUUUUCCACCUGCUGAACCUGCUGCAGUGUACAGGAGAGUUGGACAAUCACAUCACUCAAAACCUUUUCUAAACACAGUCUAAACACAAAAAAAAAAAAUCAGAAUAAGCCCAGGCCUCAUAUUUAUAAUUGUUGUAUGCGUCCCAACACUCACGGCACAACUUAACAGAAACUUGGCGUGUGACAGUGACGUACCUGUGGAUUUCCGGACUCUUCCUUGGCGCCAUUUUUUCUGCCUCUGCAGCUUUUUUUUGGUACAUCGCAAAGCGCUCACUAAAAGUUAUGUCUCUAGAAACGUGUUGAGCUGCAAGGAAGAAAAAAAGAGACGUUAUUCUGUUAAUGUUGACGACACACCAGCUGCAGCAGUGAUGUGAAGACAGGUCAGCUGGGUUUGUCGUUCAUGAGGAGCUCUUCGGCUGGGUACCUCUGACGUAAUGCAAAAUAGACACCACGUGCUGAGCAAAGAGCUCUGAGGGGCUGCGACAGAGCUGGGCGGUCUUAAUGUGUUGGAAAAUGGAGCGAAACUCUGGAUCUUUCUGGAGAGGAUUGACCACAUCCUGGGACAGGAAGUGAUCUUUGGACAGAGAGAUGCUGCAAGAGGAGAACAAGAGAGUUAGACACAAUAUUUCUAAUAUUAUGUUACGUUGCAAUGUGACGCACCUGGACAUUUCAUCCAGCGAGCUAACUUUCCGUUCAAAGUCUUCCCUUGAAGAAGUCAGGCGUUUCGGGGGAGACUCCUUGCUGGAUGCAUAGGCACUGGGGAAGAGAGCCCGGUCCUUUGAGCGUGAUGUUGAAGGAGGGGAGAGGCUCCUUUUGGCCUUCUCCUUCUCCUUUUUCUCCUUCUUCUUGGACUUCUCCUUCUUGGGGUGUUUACGAGUGCGAUACUGCUCAUCCUCAGCAUGAUCUGAGACCUCUUCGUCUUCAUCCCGCCUGCUUUUGGAUUUCACUGAUGGGUAAGAUGUGGAAUAGCUCGGCUCAUCUCCCCAUUUCCCAAAAAUGUCCCGUGGCGUCACACCGGCCUUAAUCUCGCCUUCUUCCUCCAGGUCCCCAUCCUUCAGCCCAUGAGACUUGAGGAACUCCUCUUCCUCAGGGUCAAAGAAGGGCAGGGUCUUGUCUUCCUUGGAGUCAGAGAGGCAAGAUACCGAGAUGCUGAACAUGUCCCCAGACUUGGUCGACUUGUCCUUUUCUCGGUCGACCUUCUGGUCUUUCUCACGGCUGCUUUCCUUGUCGG